UGGUUUGAGAGGAAGUUGUGUGCACAUGCGCAGUGCGCCUGCAUAGAGCUGAAGCGCAGCGCUAUGAGAAACAAGAGAGAGAAAAACACCCCUUAUCUGUAGAGAAAGGCUCAAAAGUUCACUCGUUUCGCACAAAAUCCUUUCUACGACUCACUCAGGUCACAUAUCGCACCGUGUUUCUAUGUCUGUGAUGCGGAGUGUCUGAGAGGGUUCAUUGAGUCUCUGCUGAGAGUGGCAUCCCACAGAACUGCCAUCAUCUGCCAAGCUCUCUGCUCUGGAAGGCUCGCAAAACUCCCACAAGUGAGAUUCAGCAUUCUUACUGAGGAUGGCUUGUUUCGAGGCUGAGGUCAGUAUGCACUGUUAGUCAUUGUUUCCAGUCAUUCUGACGGCUGUGUCUCUGAGCUUGAGCCCAGGGAUGACAUGGAAGCACAACCUGCUGAUCUCUGAACACAAGGCCGAGCAGUGAGCUAAAUCAGGGACGUGGAAGGGUGAAAGCAGGCCAUGUCACGGGUUCCCACACCCCCUCCCCCAGGGGAAAUGACAUCAGGACCUGUGGCGGAAAGCUGGUGUUAUACACAGGUGAAAGUUGUGAAGUUUUCUUACAUGUGGACGAUUAACAACUUCAGCUUCUGUCGGGAGGAGAUGGGAGAAGUCGUAAGGAGCUCGACCUUCUCCUCGGGCCCCAACGACAAGAUGAAAUGGUGUUUGCGAGUGAACCCAAAGGGUCUGGAUGAUGAGAGUAAAGAUUAUCUCUCUCUGUACUUAUUGCUUGUCAGUUGCCCAAAAAGUGAAGUGAGAGCAAAGUUCAAGUUUUCUUUACUGAACGCCAAAAGAGAAGAAACUAAAGCCAUGGAAAGCCAAAGAGCCUACCGCUUCGUCCAGGGAAAGGACUGGGGCUUCAAGAAGUUCAUCAGGAGAGAUUUCUUGCUGGAUGAAGCUAAUGGACUUCUUCCUGAUGACAAGCUCACUCUGUUCUGUGAGGUGAGUGUGGUCCAAGACUCUGUAAACAUCUCUGGCCAGUCGAACACAAACAUGCUGAAGGUUCCGGAGUGUCAGCUUUCUGACGACCUGGGGAACCUGUGGGAAGGCUCCAGGUUUACAGACUGCAGCUUGUUCGUGGGAGGGCAAGAGUUCAAAGCGCACAAAUCCAUACUGGCAGCGAGGUCACCCGUAUUCAAUGCCAUGUUUGAACACAAAAUGGAGGAGAGUAAAAAAAACCGUGUGGACAUCAGCGAUGUUGAACCGGAUGUAUUUAGGGAAAUGAUGGUAUUUAUUUACACUGGUAAAGCUCCUAACCUGGAGAAAAUGGCAGACAGCCUGUUAGCUGCUGCAGACAAGUACGCUCUGGAAAGAUUAAAGGUAUUAUGUGAGGAGGCUCUCUGUAACAGUUUGUCUGUAGAGAAUGUGGCUGACAUCCUCAUCCUGGCUGACCUGCACAGCGCAGAGCAGCUUAAAGCACAAGCCAUAGACUUCAUUAAUAGAUGCAGUGUUCUUAGACAGCUGGGCUGUAAAGAUGGGAAGAACUGGAAUAGCAAUCAUGCCGCAGACAUAAUGGAGACCGCAGGUUGGAAAGCGAUGAUUCAGUCCCAUCCUCACUUAGUGGCCGAGGCAUUCCGGGCUCUCGCUUCAGCCCAGUGCACCCCUUUUGGUCUGCCUAGGAAACGGCUAAAACAGUCCUGACCUUUGCCCUCACAGACUGCUUAGAACAAAACGCAUGAGGAGGCAACUACCCCACCGAGCCCUACUUCCCCCUCCUUUUUGCGCCCCUCUUCACUCACCCGUCGCCCUUACCAGAGACCGGAUAGAGGAGCUAGUUCAAACCACAGUGCUCAAAAAGAAAUGGACUUCGCCAUGCUGUUUACUUUGGGCAUCAUUUCAAAAACGGCCUUAAAGGAUCUGCCCCUUCGCUCCUUGGUGUCUCUACUUGUAGCUACGUGCCUGCUGCGACUGAUCCCAGACCUGUCUGGAUUGCACUAGCUCCCACAUAAUGCAGUAGUUUUAACAUGGUGGUGUUUAGGACCUUAUAUGUUACAUGUUCUUGAGGGGGGAGGGUUGCAUUAGCCCUUCUCGUGAACUUGUGGUCUGACGUUUCAAAAACAACAAAAAAAAAAACAUAAGUAUACACUUACUAAACGCAUACCCACGCACACGCAUCGAGUGCAAAGAUCGUCUCCACUGACGCUUUUAAAGUGAUGUUGCCUAUAUUGCUGGCAGAAUUACACAUUGUAUGUCUAUCAUCAUUAAAAUUGGCGUUAAGUAUUAACUGAGGUCGUGCUGUAGAAUACAUUAUGAGUAUUACACAAGAGCGGCUAAAGACGUCGAUAUUUUGCACCAACUUAAACUAAUGGUAAAUAUGAAGAUUUGUUUACCGUGUUGUUUACAGAACUUGUUUUCCCCUUUUUCGCACAGAGUUAGUUUUGACUUUAGUUGAAGUUAUUUUCCAUGGUUUAACAUACUCUAUGGAUCAGGAGAGUUCUUUGUGUUUGAAAAAAUGUAUCGUGGUUCAAAAUAACUUUUAUUGCUUUGGAAAUAAAAUGGUGAAAAAAAAAAUG